AUGGACGGCUGCGUCAACUACAGUGCAGCGGGCGGUAGUAAUGAGGCGGGGAGGGUGCAUUCGUCCCGGUUUCAAAAUGUAAGAAGAGUGGUGAGUAGCGAUGUGAAUGUGACAAGCAUCGGAGGUCUCCCCGCCAUUCAAAAUGCAUCCGGGCAGAGGGAAACCCCCUCACAAAACCCAUUGUCGCUGAACGCAUCGGAGAGUAAAGCAAGGGCAAACCGAAUUAUGAUACAAGAACGCUGGCGAAGUGUCCUCCUAGAGUACGAAGUAGGUCUAAAGGAGCUGGUAACGAACAGCAUGGAGGAACCACCGAGCGCCAUACGCACCAUGAAAACGUUUCAGCUGUACGACUCCGUCACCCGCGCGGUUGCGCAGCAAUCGCCUGAGUUCGGUAACAUGCUGAGAAUGUUUCGCAUGGAAUUUUGUCGGGCGAUAUUUACUCAACCCACCCUCACUGCCAGUUAUCUUCAUCCGGAGGACGAAGGUUCCGGGCAGAGUGAGGAGCUGGGUGCGACAUAUUUUGAUCAAACGGAGAUGCUGCUACGCGAGAAUGCCGCAUUGCGUCUCGAAGUAAACCUUGGAAACACACGAGACAAUCUGGCAAGACUAAGACAGGAACUUGAAAAUUUUAGAGAAGCAGUAACGUACUAUGAAAAUGAAGUAAGUCGCCUUGAGAGGGAGAAUGAGCGAUAUGCAGCAAGCUAUGUGACCGCGAGGGAUGAGUUGACGAGCGAGCGGGAGAAGAAUAGGAAAAUCAAGAACGAAUUCGAUGACGUGCGGCUGCGGCUGUUGCAAGAAAAUAAGGACCUCCACUUGCGUAUUUGCAGGCUGCGGAAGUGUCUCAGUGAUAACGAAUCUGUAUUCGUGAAGGAUGCGUACAAGGUAAUAAAAGAUAAGCGAAUGACCCUGCUCCAAGGAUUAUUUGAACAGGGCGAUGAGCGAGUUGUGCUUUUGGUGAUGCUUAGCCAGUUGGAGAGUCGUAUGAACGAACUGCUUGACCAAUACGAUAGGGACGUCUUGUUUGGCGAUUAUGCCGGAGAGUACGAACAGUGUAGGCGAACACUUGGUGUCGUUGCUCUGUUAAUAGAGGAGAUGCACUUGUGUGAGCAACGGUAUAUGCAAUUACUCCCACGUGAUGGGAAAUUAAUAAAUGACGAACAGGAUGAGACGGAUGUAUUCGCCUCCCUCCUGAGCGACCCUCGCAUGUACGAGGCACUGGUGGCCAGGUUGUGUAUUCGGCAGGGUGGAAGCUCUAAGACUACACCGCAACUUUUGAAAUUGGUAGACGAUGCUCUUCCUGACGGUCCAGAGGUUAGGAUGUCCCUUGCUGUGUAUAAAGGGGCGCAAACAACAAGUCCAGCAGAAUCCAACACGCAAAAUAGUGUUUCGGCAGUGAGGGAGAUGGAUGACACUGUAGCGCAGGUACCCGCCCCAAGCAGGAAGGUAUCAAUUCUUUAUAGCCACGAUGGUAAUCCCGACACUUCCUCAAAUACAAUUCCUAAUGAUUCGUUUUGUCAUCUGCGCACAGCAUCGUCACCAGAUGACUCGGAAGAGGCGGCGAAGAGAAAAUCUGAAGGAGAGGCUGGGGAACCGCAAAAACCACCGAUUAUCCAAAAGUUGGGGGGGAAGAAAUUUCCUUUGGAGAUGCCCCAAUCAUUCGUGGAUCUUCCUGAAGAAAUGUUCGAAGAGGCCAAGCGAAAGCAAGAAGAGUGGGUGGCGAAUAUCCUUCUGACGAGUGACGAAGGCGAUCAACUGCUCCAGCGCGUGAAGGCUGGCGGCGCCUCUAGCAGCCACUUGACGAAAGGAGAGCAGCUCAUGCGGCACUUUCUUAUGAAACCGAUGUUGGAUGUGAGCGCCAAUAAGUUUCACUGUGGAAUCGACGUCUUUACCGGUCCUGCACAGCAUACACAAGCUCUUCUGUGUUCUGUCAAUCAUGUGGACCCUGUUGAACCAUUUGCUGUACCUCAGGGGACGCGCUUCAUGCAUAUAAAGUAUCGCAAUGUACUGCGAGAAGAGGCAGUUGUUAAAGGAGAUGAUUCCUCAAACAAUCUAUCCGUGUCGGAGGCUCUUGAGGAAUGGGGUGGUAAGACGAUAUUUACACGUGUCGAUUGCGCCCACGAGCAAAAUAAGAAUGAAGUGGCCGAAAUGUUGAGUAAGUCACAUUUGUUUGGUGAACUCAAGCCAUCCAACUACUCAAAAAGCCUCCUGAAAGGUGUUAUGGCAUCUUCUUCAACAUCACCCGCAACUGCAGUGUUUUUACGCCUUAACCCUCUUUCACCUAACCGGUCGCCAGAGUGGUUGCUUUACCAGAAUAUGUUUGGCGGCUAUAGGCCGAUUACUCCGAGACUCAUUGAUGUGUCUACUAUCGGGCACAUUUUACUAAACUCGUGCGAACGCCACUUUCAACGGGCGGAAGAGCGGUACCUCCGGUGCCUAGAGCAAACUAAAACUCGAGCAACUAAUAGUGAAAUGGUACGUAUGCUGGUUGAGUCAGUCUUCAGGGAGUCGUAUGUUUUGACGGAAUUCCAAGAGUCAUUUGUAAAGGAACUAGAGUCUCGUUAUUGCUACCCAGAACUCGUGGCGAAGACCAUGUACGAAAUUUUGUGUUACUUUGAUGCAACGAUGGCGGCACAGCCACUGGUGGAUCUCUACCUUAGCUGCAUUCGGGGUUUCGAGUCCCCUACACGUAUUCAUUACAUCACGUACGUAAUGCACCAGAUAUCGGCCAACUGGCCUUCCUCCAACCCAGAGGAAGCAAUAGAAAAGGAGGACGUACUCACAUUACUUGAACAUGUAUAUAAGAGAGCUUCCGGUGUGAUAAGUAUGGGCCCCAGUGAAAUCAUCUCUGAGUACCAACUAGCCACACACUCUGCUCCAAUUACACUCAACGCACUCCGUGGUUACCUGGUGACUAUCAUGCUUCAUUAUGAAGAUCCAUUGUCACUUUACUUUAAUGGUCUGCUUAGUUACCGUGCGAAGUCCAACUCUGUUGUGACCAUGAACUAUGAACAAUUUGAGGCAGCAUUGGAGGGGACAUGGGAGGAGGCGGUGGAGGGAAAACUUUUCAUCCGGUACCUUGUUUCUGGAUGUGGUUUCAACAAAACCGAGGAACUUUCAACAAAGGAAUUGGCAUGUGUCGCGACGAGUAUGUGGAGUUCACACAUGUGGAAGAGUAUGUAA